UGACGCGUGUCUGGGAACUCUUCGAGUACAAGGUGAAGAAUUAGUAAAGAAAAGAUUUUUUAAGUACAAAGUGUUAAUUGAGAUCUAAAAAGAUAUAUAAAGUUAAAAAUGAAUUUGCCACCCAAUACUGGAACCGCUCGCGGACGCGGUCGCGGGAACAAGCGAAAUGAAGAAGCAAACCGCGGCAUGGCUCCCCAAUUGGGCCAGUCUCCGCAUUCCUCGCAAUCAGGAAGAACUGAAACAAUGAGGUCGGGUGGUCAGGGUUCAUCGAGUGAGGUACCGCUGAGCCACUUACAGCAGUCGGGAGACACGAAGUCGAGCGAGGUGGAAGUUCAGAGCUCUGAGGGUGAUCCUCGUGGGUCGGUGCGUGGUCGUCGUCUGAUUACAGAUGUCGUACACUCCCGUCCUCAGGGACUGACAACCAAGAAUGGAACAUCUGGAACCAAAAUUACUGUCCAGACAAACUAUUUCAAACUUCUGAAACGCCCAAACUGGACCAUCUACCAGUACCGCGUUGACUUUGUCCCUGAUGUGGACAACACGCGUUUACGUCGGGCUUUUAUGAACCACCAUCGAAGCGUUUUGGGUGGCUACAUAUUUGACGGAACCAUUUUGUUUUGCACCAGUCAGUUUAAGCCGGUGCAAAAUAGCCCCUAUGUUCUGGAACUCGUCACGAAGAGUCGUGAGGGGGAAAACUAUGAGAUCAAAAUCAAGUCUGUUGGGUCCGUGGAGGCAGCUGAUAACCAGCAGUUCCAGGUCUUGAACCUGAUCCUGCGCAGGGCAAUGGAGGGCUUGAACUUGCAGUUGGUGUCUCGCAACUUUUUCGAUCCUCAAGCAAAGAUUAAUUUGGAGAGCUACCGCAUGGAGCUCUGGCCUGGGUACCAGACAUCGAUUCGCCAACACGAAAGUGAUAUUUUACUUUGUGCAGAAAUCGCACAUAAAGUUAUGAGAACUGAUACCUUGUACAACAUUUUAUCCGAGGCUAUUCGAGACAACGACGAUUAUCAAACCGCAUUCAAACGAGAUGUAAUGGGUAUGAUUGUGCUAACUGAUUACAAUAAUAAAACUUAUCGCGUCGAUGAUGUUGAUUUUGCUUCGUCGCCAUUAUCUAAGUUUAAUACCAAAGAUGGCGACAUUUCUUAUGUGGAGUACUACAAAAAGCGAUACAACAUCACUAUCCGAGACUUCAAGCAGCCUCUGGUCGUGUCUCGACCCACCGAGAAAAACAUUCGUGGAGGUGUUGAUCAACUCAUCAUGCUUAUUCCCGAGCUGGCUCGGGCCACAGGCAUGACCGACGCAAUGCGCGCCAAUUUCCGCUUGAUGAAGGCCAUGAGCGAGCAUACCAGACUGACUCCGGAUCGUCGCAUUGAGCGCCUGCGCGUGUUCAACCAGCGAUUGAAGUCUGCCAAGGAGAGCAUGGAAACCCUUAAGUCCUGGAACGUCGAACUGGACUCAGCCUUGGUGGAAAUCCCAGCUCGCGUUCUGCCACCGGAGAAAAUCGUGUUCGGCAACAAUAAGAGAUUCUUGUGCGACGCUCGCGCCGAUUGGACCAAUGAGUUCCGCAACUCCUCGAUGUACAGUCACGUGGACAUUAAGAGGUGGUAUGUGAUCACUCCGGCUCGAAACUUGCGUGAGACGCAGGAGUUCGUGAAGAUGUGCAUCCGUGCAGCCAGCGGAAUGAAGAUGCAAAUCUCUGAGCCUCGCUACGAUGAAAUCAAGGACGACCGUAAUGGCACUUACUCUCAGUCGAUCGAUAAUGCCGUGGCCAAGGAUCCACAAAUUGUGAUGGUUGUGAUAAAGGCUACAAAUGAAGAGAAGUACAGCUGCAUCAAGAAGCGCACCUGCGUGGACAGACCGGUGCCCUCGCAGGUUGUAACUUUAAGAGUUAUCGCUCCACGGCAGGAGAAAUCUGCUGGGCUUAUGUCAAUUGCCACAAAGGUGGUUAUACAGAUGAACGCCAAAUUGAUGGGUGCGCCCUGGAUGAUUGAGCUGCCUCUCCGCGGCUUGAUGACUGUCGGUUUCGACGUCUGCCACUCGUCGAAGAACAAAAAUAAGUCAUAUGGAGCUCUGGUAGCUACCAUGGACCAAAAGACUUCGUGCCGCUACUUCUCCUCGGUGACCGAGCAUAUGAAGGGCCAGGAGUUGUCCGACCAGAUGUCGCUGAAUAUGACAUGCGCCCUGAAAGCCUACCGGGAGCACCACGGUACCUUGCCCGAGCGCAUUCUUUUCUUCCGCGACGGUGUCGGCGAUGGACAGCUCUACCAGGUUGUCAACACCGAAGUAAAGUUCCUGAAGGCCAAGCUGGACGAAAUAUAUAAAUCGGCUGGCAAGGAGGAGGGCUGUCGCAUGGCCUUUAUCAUCGUGUCCAAGCGAAUCAACUCUCGUUACUUUGUAAAUAAGAGAAAUCCGCUUCCGGGCACGGUUGUUGACGAUGUGAUCACCCUGCCCGAGCGGUACGACUUCUUCCUGGUGUCGCAGGCAGUUCGUCAGGGAACAGUGUCGCCCACGAGCUACAACGUCAUAUCCGACAACAUGGGCCUGUCCGCCGAUAAGCUUCAGAUGCUCGCCUAUAAAAUGACCCAUAUGUAUUACAACUUCUCCGGGACUGUCCGGGUCCCCGCCGUGUGCCAGUACGCCCACAAACUGGCAUUCCUUGUGGCCGAAAGUAUUAAUCGCUCCCCUUCUGCCGGAUUGGAGAACCAACUAUACUUUUUGUAAACACAUGACUUGCAUCAAAUUUACUAUUAACAUUUUACGACAUGAUUUUAUAUUGACACAAUUUGUAUCAAAAUGAAUGGAUACAUUAAAAUUCAAUAAAGAAUGCACAUUUAUUUUUCUACCAAA